AUGCCUUCGGAACAAGGACACCGCCUCUACGUCAAGGGACGCCACCUGAGCUUCCAGCGCAGCAAGCACGCCCUCACCCCCAACACCAGCUUGGUCAAGAUUGAGGGUGUUGAUGACACCAAGUCCGCCAAGUUCUACCUUGGCAAGAAGGUCGCUUUCGUUUACCGUGCUAAGCGUGAGGUCCGCGGCUCCAACAUUCGGGUGAUCUGGGGCAAGGUCACCCGGCCGCACGGCAACUCCGGUGUUGUGCGCGCCCGUUUCCGCAACAACCUCCCCCCCAAGUCCCUCGGCGCUACCGUCCGCGUUAUGCUCUACCCCUCCAACAUCUAA